GUACAGUUACAUUAGACGUUAUUGUUGUCAUAUCAUUUUCUUCACUGCAUUGCAGGCAUUAGUAGGCAAAAGACCAUGUUCAUAAUCAUUAGUGUUCCGCGUUGCCACUGUAUAAUAAUAGUAGAUGUAAUAGCAAAAGUUAGUUAUGUAAAAAUUAAUUCAUACUCCACAUUUAGCGGCGCCACAAGGGGGUCCAAAAUUGUAGUCACAGGGGCACUGCCCCCCUCCCCCCCCCCAGAACCACUCCUGUUGCCUAGUUAAAUAAAGGUUACAUUUUUAAAAAGUCACAAUUUACCUACAAUGCGUCAUGGAUUUGACGCUCUCCAACACGGCCAAAAUAAUUAAAUUCAUAUUUUCGACAUGCUACCUCUAUCUAAUUAUAUAGGUAUUUGUGGAGUACUUUACAUCUACUGGUGUAUUUCAUGGUUGUCAUUUUUGUGCGUUUUGACUUUGAGGCCCAUAAAAAAAAAGAGCGUUGAUCCACGUUCUCUCAACUGAGCCACACUCCCAUUACUACAUGCAUAAAUAUAAACCUUAGCUACAUCGAUAACAACGGAGUGGUAGUUUUUGAUACUGUUCAUUUUCAUUAUACUCCCAAUUGUGAAGUGUGUACAUAACAUGAACACCCUUUUCUGAUGAUCUGCAUCCUACAUAUUGAGCAACUAAAGUUUGAGUUGAUCACAGAGUGAAACAAGGAGUUAGACUUUAAUUUUAUUUAAACAAUUAUCUGUUUUUAUUCAUAGGCAUUGAAGUUAAUGUAUGACAAUAGGACCAGGUAGGAGGAGUGUUCCACUGCACCAAUAAGCACUUAAAUAUUUGUCUGUUUAGUGCCCAGUUUUAAAAAAGCAGCUCAGUCCAUCCAGAUCCCCUCUGUAGCAUUACUCAUUAACCAGUCCAGCCAACUGUAUUUGUUUGUUUUGGGGGAGGAUGAUGUGAUGCAACCAUAGACAGGUGUUCAUUAAUUGAUGUUAGUUAAUCCUUCAACAGUUGGCUAGAACACAGUCCCUAGCACAGAAAAGGUUUCAGAAACACUGGGCUGGAUCUCACAGCCUAUAGCCUCAGUGGUUGCAUCUUCAGCAUAACAAGACCAAAGCAGUAGGAUACAUCUUGUAUAAAAACAAACUAGUUGACCUGUCAAUGUGGAUAAUAAGAAUCGGCCUGCUUGACUGCUACUUAGAUCAAUGCUGACUGCUGAGGAUGUUUGACCAUUAUAGACUGUUUAAUCCUUUGGAUCAAAGGUCACAGAGGCUAUAAUAGAGUCACGACUGCCAUAGCUAAUAAUAACCAACAUGAAGCUCUUUGAUUCAGAUUUAAGAAAUCCUAUUGGUGAUGGUGCAUAUUUUGUGUACUAUUUAGGAAACAGUGUUACUGGUAGCAAACUGUUCAGAAACUCUGCAUAGCAUAAAUACAAGAGAUGAAUACACAAUGAAUGCAAUAUGAUAAUGCAGUGGUGGGUCUAGAUCUGUGCACCACUUCACAUUUCUAUCAUAAUUAUUGAAAUUGCCAUCUCUGAUCCUGAGAUAUCAUCCAAUAGGACUUAGCCAAGUGUUUACUGUGGCUGUGGUGAGAAAGCAGAGGUAACAGCUAGAGUGGAGAGUUCACAAGCUAUCCGUCUGUCAGCCUGGACACUUCCUUUGAUCAUACUGGAUUUAUUCCUUCACCCUUCGCAUCUGGUGCUCCAGUAUUUAAGUCUAACCUAUGGUGAAUCAGGGAUUUGUGUCUGUGAAUGUUGCAUGUGAGGCUGGCACCAUCCGCACCAGGUCCUGGUAAAUAUUAGACUAGAGCAGCCUGGGAAUCACUGCCAGCUGCCCUAGAUAAGAGGACAAUAGAGCAAGUUAAUAAUUCAACCAGCGUUACAGAUGGACAGACUGCUUAAAUGUCCCGUUUGGGAAUGAAGAGAGACUGGAUGGGUUGGUGUGUGCUCGUGGAGCAGAGAGAAAGGGGGAAUAAACUUAUGCCUUAAAUUGAUCUGAUUCCUUGUCUCGGAUUACCCGACUCUGUGAUUAUUACGCAUCAUGGCUAAGCUGGUGGAGUGUGUGCCCAACUUCUCAGAGUGCCGGAACAAAAAGGUGAUUGAUGCCAUAGCAGAGGCCAUUUCCAGCACGGAGGGAUGCAGUCUUCUCGACGUGGACCCUGGAUCCUCCACCAACCGUACAGUCUACACCUUCGUAGGCUCGCCACAGGCUGUGGUGGAGGGUGCAUUGAACGCUGCACGCACUGCCUUCCCACUCAUUGAUAUGACCAAACACUCAGGGGAGCAUCCACGGAUGGGAGCCAUGGACGUGUGUCCCUUCAUCCCUGUCCAGAAUGUCACUAUGGAGGACUGUGUCAACUGUGCCAACAUUUUUGCCCAACACUUAACAGAUGUGCUGCAUGUACCUGUGUAUCUUUAUGGAGAAGCAGCGAGGAAAGAGAACAGGAGAUCUCUUCCCUCUGUCCGGGCAGGAGAGUAUGAGGCCUUGUCUGAGAAAUUGAAGAGGACAGAGUGGGCUCCUGACUAUGGCCCUGCCACCUUCGUGGCCUCCUGGGGAGCUACAGUAGCAGGGGCUCGCAAAUUCCUUGUUGCCUACAACAUAAACCUCCUCAGCACCAAGGAACAAGCCCAUCGGAUCGCACUAGAUAUCCGGGAAAAAGGCAGAAGCAAAGACCAGCCGGGUCUGAUGAAGAAGGUGCAGGGAAUGGGAUGGUACCUGGAAGAGGCGAACAUAGCCCAGGUGUCCACCAACAUCCUGGACUUUGAGCUGACGCCCGUCCACACUGUUUACGAAGAGAUCUGCAGUGCGGCCAAGGACCUGAACCUGCCAGUGGUGGGCUCUCAGAUUGUAGGCCUCAUGCCUCUGAGAGCCGUGCUGGACUGUGCUGACUUCUACAUCCAGAGAGACAGGCUCUUCAUUGUGGAGGAGGAGCACAAAGUCCGUCUGGUCAUCAGUAAACUUGGGCUUGAUUCACUUGGGCCUUUCGUCCCCAAAGAGAGAAUCAUAGAGUACAUGGUGGAGAGGACUGAGGAGGACAAGCGUUUGGUGUCUCUGUCUCUGCAGCAGUUUGUCCGCAGUGUGGGAGCCAGAACCGCUGCUCCAGGAGGAGGGUCAGUCUCUGCUGCCAUCGCUGCAAUGGGGGCUGCUCUGGGAGCCAUGGUGGGUCAGAUGACCUAUGGGAAGAGGCAGUUUGAUAGCCUGGACAGCAUCAUGAGGAGACUCAUCCCUCCCUUCCAUCAGGCCAUGAAUGAACUGCUGGUCAUGGUGGACGCAGACUCCAAGGCGUUCAGUUGCUAUAUGGCUGCAUUGAAGAUGCCAAGAAACACAACAGAUGAAGUUAAAAGGAGGGAAGCUGCCAUGCAGGAGGGUCUGAAGCAGGCCGUGGCGGUCCCACUGUCUCUGGCUGAAAGAGUCAACCUGCUGUGGCCUUGUCUAAAGGAAAUGGUGAUCUACGGAAAUGUGGCCUGCAAGUCUGACCUCCAGACUCAACAGAGAGCAUCAGCUAUGCUUACUGAGGCCAGGGAGAGUGCUAAUGCAGUCCUGGAUACUGCAGAGAGAAAAAAGUGAAGAAGUUACCACAUUACCAAAGCAUCACCCGCUGCCUGCCUAGGCCUCAAACCAGGCUUUCACAACCAUCAAUUCUAUUACAAAUAAACUGGGUUCACAUAAAUACAUGCUUUAUCAACUACUCCUGGUGCUCCUUUGCUCUGUUAGGAAUUCACUAAAUACUUACGUAAUGUACUGUAUAGCAGCAGCCUACACCAAGCCAGGAUGUCACAGUGUUCUUAUCCACAGCGACUAACAGGCACAAUUAGGGUUAAGUGCCUUGCUCAAGGGCACAUCAGCAGAUUGUUCACCUACUUAGCUCUGGGAUUCAAACCAGCAACCUUUCGGUUACUGGCCUAACCUCUUAACCUCUAGGCUACCUGCCGAGUCCAUGGUCCUCCAGAGGGUUGCUACCCCCAGACCACAGAGGCAGUGGAGACUAUUGAGGCAGACACAGCCUUGGUGGUAGAGACCACCAUGGUCAUGGAGAAGGCCAUGGGCGUCGCCACAAGAGGCACUGAAGAGUAGGAGUAAUACACUUUACUCUCAAAGUGAAAUUCAGCCAUGAUUUUCUGAAUUACCUUGACCCAAUAACACUCUACAUCAUUCAUGUAUUUUGCAUUGUAAUGUGUAUAAACAUGCUUUCAAUUGUAUUUUAAUCAUCUGUAAAAUUGAUAAUAAUCCAUUGAAGCAAACUGUUGGGCAAAUUAAGUUUUCCUUUGAAGAUUUACAAAAAUGAUGGUAACACAAACAACAAGGAACCUUAUCUCAUGGUCAAAAUAUUGUGCGCUACCUGUAUUUACUCAGUAGCCAUGGAGCUAACAUUGACAUAACCCACAAUCCAAACAAUACCCUGAGGGACUUGUUUUGAUGGAAACAAAGGCCAGGUUUCAUAGCACAGUACACACCCACAAUGACAAGUUGAUCCUGUUAUACAGGUGAGAAGACAAAACUUUAUCUCACAUUCAAUGAUAAAGAUAUGAGAGCCGCCGACUACGUCUGUCCUAGGGGCCAAACAUGAAAGAUUGGAAGAAAGGAAAUCAUAUUGAGGUAGUUUAUUGGUUUGAGGAAAAAGGACAUUUAACCAUUUCCAAAAAAUGUUUUGGUUUGAUACAGUUGCAUGGUGUUUGGUUUAAACUAGAACUACAGAAUUGGCAGACACUUUCGAUGGUGACCUCUGCUCUGGCUUGUUGUACAGGGACAUAAGCAAUUGGUACCACUCGUGAUCUGUGCCUCCUUCUAGUUCCAUUCUUGGUCAUUGUUAGUUAAUGCUUCCAGUAUUAAAGGCAACUUACUUGUGAUUUGAUGAAUGAAUAUGAUAUUGCUAUUGAAUAACUCA